AUGUCUGACGCGUUCAAGGCUCGGACGUUGAAAAGGAAGAAUGUGAAAGGGUUGGCGUUGAAUGCACCUGCUCCCCGGACAGCGCCCUCGGAUGGCGACUCACAAAUCCCCGGGGCGCUUGGAAACUCAGAGAGUGACCGAACAGACACUUUGGAGAUUGGCUUGGAAUUCAAACUCGACCUCAGAAGUGAAGACCUGAUCGUGUUGAAAGAGUUGGGUGCUGGUAAUGGGGGUACUGUCAGCAAAGUCAUGCAUGCUUCGACCAAGGUGAUUAUGGCGAGAAAGGUCAUUCGAGUCGACGCAAAAGAGAACGUCCGCAAACAAAUAGUCCGAGAAUUGCAAGUGGGCGCCGACUGCAGCUCGCCGUACGUCAUCACAUACUACGGAGCUUUCCAGAAUGAAGCGCGGGAUAUUGUGCUCUGUAUGGAAUAUAUGGAUUGCGGCUCCUUGGAUCGCAUAUCAAAAGAUUUUGGGCCCACACGUGUCGAUGUACUGGGGAAAAUUACCGAAUCUAUUCUUGGAGGUCUCGUAUACCUUUACGAAGCCCACCGAAUCAUGCACCGAGAUAUCAAGCCAUCAAACGUCCUGGUCAAUUCUAGAGGAAUGAUCAAGCUGUGCGAUUUUGGCGUGGCUACGGAGACUGUCAACUCAGUAGCCAACACGUUUGUCGGAACGUCGACGUACAUGGCCCCGGAACGAAUUCAGGGUGGAGCAUACACGAUCAAAUCCGACGUCUGGAGCGUGGGUUUGACAGUGAUGGAACUUGCAAUUGGAAGAUUUCCAUUUGAUUCCAGCGACUCUGCCGCAGGCGACAGAGCCAGUGCUGGACCCAUGGGGAUUCUUGACCUUUUGCAGACUAUAGUUCACGAGCCGGCACCGAAGCUCCCGAAGAGCGAGGCCUUCCCGUCUAUCCUGGAAGACUUUGUGGCCAAGUGUCUCCUCAAGAACCCAGACGAGAGACCAACUCCUCGAGAGCUAUAUGACAGAGACAACUUCUUGCAGGCUGCGAAGAGGACACCUGUUGAUUUGCAGGAAUGGGCAGUCUCGAUGAUGGAACGACACAAUCGAAAGUCCUACUUGGCACCUCCUGCACCAAAAUCGCUGAAGAGCGAUGGGACAAGUUCGGAUUCCUCUCACCCAGCCUCGUCGACGUCGACAGCCUCAUUUGCAGGUGAUCUCCGUGGCACCCCGGUGACGGCCAAGCAAUAUACUAGUCCGACAUCUGGCAAUAUCACGGUGGCACCGCCACAAUAUGGCUUUCAAGGAACACCAACCGGCAUUGUGGAAAGAUCGCCGCCGCCCCCGCUAUCCUUGCAGCAUUUGUCGUUGGAGACGAGGGAUGCGCCAAACGGAAUUGGUCCUCGUGCUAACCGCCUGGGCUACAACGACCGUGACAAUAUCCCUGAGCCUGCUUCGGCCAUCGAGCCUUCGCAAAGACCCAUGUUUCCACCGAGGACAAGCAGUAGCGGGAACAUCAUCAACGGCAGGAACCCGUUGACAGAGACACACACCUCCACGCCAGUCCUGAUCAUGGAAGCCACCUCGGCGAGGAUGGCUUCGCGAAAUCAGUUUGUCUUCGACGGCUUCGCCCCGCCUCGUUCGACCCUCCAGCGCUUCAUAUAUAAUGCCUGUGACCCUAUCGCCAACCUAGAACCUAACCUUGCCUUGAACCUCGAGAUCGUCGACCUGGUCAACUCCAAAAAGGGCAAUGCCCCGCGUGAGGCCGCAUUUACCAUUGUGCAGCUGGUCAACCACCGCAACCCUAAUGUGUCUUUGCUGGCCUUGUCGUUACUCGAUAUCUGUGUCAAGAACUGCGGCUAUCCUUUCCACCUCCAAAUCAGCACCAAAGAAUUCCUCAACGAACUUGUCCGACGGUUUCCUGAACGGCCUCCGUUACGGCCCACCCGGGUGCAGAGCAAGAUCUUGGAAGCUAUCGAAGAAUGGCGGUCGACCAUAUGUCAAACGUCGCGGUACAAGGAGGAUUUGGGUUUUAUCCGGGAUAUGCACAGGCUUCUGCUGUACAAGGGGUACAUGUUCCCGGAGGUGCGGAGAGAGGAUGCUGCUGUCCUGAAUCCUAGUGAUAACCUCCAGUCGGCCGAAGAGAUGGAGGAAGAAGACCGAGCGGCACAAUCGGCCAAGCUACAAGAACUGAUUCGGCGAGGACGACCUCAAGAUCUGCAAGAGGCGAACAGACUCAUGAAGGUCAUGGCUGGGUACGAUACGAGGCACAAGACGGAUUAUCGGGCAAAGGCAGCGGAAGAGGUUGCAAAGGUCCAGCAGAAAGCUAGGAUAUUGGAGGAGAUGCUUCAAAGCCACCGACAGGGUGAAAAAUUUGCGGAUGGCGAUGUUUUCGAGGAAUUGGCGGGUGCGCUCCAGAGUGCCCAUCCCAAGAUCCAGAGGAUGUGCGAGGAAGAGUCGGAUGACGCCGAAGCAGUCGCCAAACUGCUUGAGAUCAACGACAGCAUCCAUCGGACCAUUGAAAGGUACAAGCUGAUGAAAGCUGGAGACAUCGAAGCAGCCAACAGGAUCGAAAAGGGAACAUUGGGAACCACGACCGGGGUUGGCAAAAACGCAGCAAACGAAUUGUCGUUGAUUGAUUUCGAGCCGGAACCUCCAGCAGCCCCGACAAUACCGACACAUACGAAUGGCUCCCUCCUUGAUGCUGGGCCUGCCUCUUCUGCUGCACAGCCAAGACCAACGACAGUUGAAGAUGACUUGUUAGGUCUAUCGCUGGACGACCCCGGUGCCGGCACACUAGGAGCGAUUUCUCUAGGACCGGGCACCAAUUUUUCAGCUCCUUCGGGGUCAAUCUUCUCGAACAUCUCUUCCAAUGUCGCUCCCAGUCAGCCGACAGUGCCCCAAACUUCCGCGCAGACAUCACCAAAACCCAAUUACGAUGCUUUUGCCUCACUCAUUAGCGCCCUCCCGUCAUCGAAACCCGCAACCCCGACGCCUAUGGCGCAGGCGCCGCGACCCUCAAGUCAAGCACUGGCUGACCCGUUCGCAGCGCUGGUGUCGUCCAACUCGCGGCCUUCGACCCCUUCGAGACAAGCUAACCCAUCGCACCCAGGAACUCAGCCUGUCACAGGGAUGAACCAAGGGGUCUCUGCUCCGGCUGAAGACGAGUGGACUUUCGAGUCGUCGUUACCCGAACCACAGACGGUGCAGGUGCUUUCAUCACCCCUCGGGAUCGACUUCGAAGCCCGACGGACAGGAGGACAGAAUGUAAUCCAGAUAACUGCGCGUUUCUCCAACACGACGCCGCAAAGAAUCACCGGGUUACAUUUUCAAGUGGCCGUGGAAAAGAGCUACUCACUCCACCUGAAGCCACAAAGCGGGCGUGAAUUGGCUCCCAACACACAUCACUCUGUUCAGCAGGAAAUUCUACUCAAUGGAGUGCCAGCAGGAAAAGGUAACCAGGUCAAGAUGCGUUACAAAGUAUCUUACCAACUGAACGGACAAGCACAGGAACAACAGGGCAAUGUUCCACCACUGGGAGUUAGUUAA